AUGUCCCCCUACGACAACCAGCUAACGUCCCUCCUCGCCACCCUUCCCAACCGCGACGUAACGUUCGACUCCAUCCCGUCUCUCCGCAAGGCCCAAGACUCCGUCGCCACGCUCGAGAUGACCCUCCAGCCACCAAUCUCCAACCACUUCACCCACGAGCAGCUCACCGUCCCCUCCCUCCAGGGGACCGACACCGUCACCCUGUCCAUCUUCCGCCCCAGCCUAGCACCUACACCGGCCUCGGUCAUCUAUUACAUGCACAGCGGCGGCAUCGUCUGCGGCAACCGCUUCACCUUUCUCCGCCAGGACGCCCUCCUCUGGGCUCUCGCCUCGUCGGCCGUCUGCGUGACGGUCGAGUACCGCCUCGCGCCCGAAGACCCCUUCCCCGCAGCCGUAGACGACUGCUGGGCCGGCCUGGUCUGGCUCGCCCGCCACGCAGACGAGCUGGGCCUGGACCGCCAUCGGAUCAUGGUGGCAGGCCAGUCGGCCGGGGGCAACCUGGCCGCCGUCAUGGCUCUCAGGGCGAGGGACGGCGGGGAUGAGGAGUCCCCGCGCGUGUGCGCGCAGCUGAUCGACUGCGGAAUGCUGGAUGAUCGGUCCCGCACCCCCUCCUGGGAGCAGUGUGCUCGCAGCGGAGGGGGGACCUGGUCUCGCGUGUCCAACGUCACGGCCUGGAAGGCGAUCCUGGGUGAUGCUGGUCAUGACGGAGAGGGAAGCGAUGCGCACAAGGUGGGACAGGCCGCCAAUAUUGCUGCGAGGGUGGAGGACUUGAGUUGCCUGCCACCUGCCUUCGUGUCCGUCGGCCAGGCCGACGGCUUCCGCGACGAGAAUGUCGAGUAUGCCGGUAGACUGUGGGCUGCUGGCGUGCCUACUGAGCUGCACGUCUGGCCGGGCGGUUACCAUUGCUUUGACGUCUUGGUCCCUGAUGCUGCCGUCUCGAGGCGCUGUCUCGCGGCCAAGACGGCUUGGGUGGUCAAGAUGCUGGCACCCGAGAACACAAAGGCUUCUACGGCAAAGUUGUGA